AUGAUCAAUGCAGUUCUGGUGUUCAACAAUAAUGGACAGCCUCGUCUGACCAAGUUCUACACCACCCUCGAUACGCAAACACAACAGUCCCUCAUUGCGCAAAUAUACCAUCUGGUCGCCCAGCGUCCCUCAAGUGCCUGCAACUUCCUUCCUCUUCCGCCCCUCCUUUCCCAAGGUGCUGCCAGCACCACCGGGCCUUCCGAUGCACCGACACAAAUUACAUACCGAACGUACGCUACACUCUCAUUUAUCAUGAUCUCUACCUCGACAGAGUCGCCACUUGCCUUGAUAGAUCUCAUCCAAGUAUUUGUGGAGGCUUUGGAUCGCAUGUUUGAGAAUGUGUGCGAGCUUGAUCUCAUCUUUGGCUAUGAGACGAUGCAUGCCGUGCUUAGUGAAAUGAUUGUGGGUGGGGUGGUUGUGGAGACAAAUCUGGAGAGGAUCGUUGCUGGUGUACGAAGUCAGGAGGGUACUACAGGAAAAAAGAAGGCUAUUCAGGCUGCAAGCUCGGGUCUAGGACGCGGAGGCUUGCCUGGCUUGGGAGCUUGGCGAUGA